AUGUUCAGAUCUAUCCGUGGUUUUGCAUUCAACUCCUUGAGGUACUCUUCGUAUUCUUCAAAUGCAAUUGUACAGUCAUCAACCGAGUCUUCUCAACAAAAUGUGAAAAAGACCAUCUCGUAUAUUCAAAACCUCUACCAUGAGAAAAAGCCUAUCACCAUGGUAACUGCGUUUGAUAGCAUCACGUCACGAAUGAGCGAAGAAGCUCAAAUUGAUAUCACUCUUGUGGGUGACUCGCUUGCAAAUACUUCGUUAGGAUACCGAGAUACAAAUCAAUUGAACUUGGAGGAAAUGUUAUACCAUGUGCGAUCUGUACGGAGAGGGAACCAAUUUUCACUUUUAGUAGCUGACUUGCCAUUUGGUUCUUACGAAGUGUCCAUCGAACAAGCUACUGCCACUGCAAUACAAAUGGUCAAAGCCGGCGCUCAAGCAGUCAAGCUUGAAGGAGCUGAUGAUGAAACGGUGAGAACAAUAAAGAAAUUGGUCAAUACGGGAAUCCCAGUGAUGGGUCAUGUUGGUUUAACACCCCAGAAACACAAUACUAUGGGCGGAUAUAAAUUACAGGGCACUUCGACGGAGAGUGCAAUGCAAGUAUUGGAAGCUGCUAAAAAGAUUCAAGAAGCAGGUGUAUUUUCCAUGGUGUUGGAGUGUGUGCCUUACAGAUUAGGGGAGAUCAUUACGCAAGAAUUGAGUGUACCCACCAUUGGAAUUGGUGCCGGAGGACAAACCUCGGGUCAAGUUCUUGUUAUUGCUGAUCUUUUGGGAAUGCAACCGGGCCCAUUACCAAGGUUUGCUAAAACAUAUGCUAAUUUCUUUGAUAAUGGUGUACUGGCAUUGAAAACUUAUGCCGAGGAAGUGACGAGCGAGCAAUUCCCAUUACAAGAACAUGGGUAUAAGAUUAAGAAAACGGUUCUAGAAGAAGUCAGGAAAAACCUUGAAAAAUGA